GCUGUAUAUUCAUAUGCAACAAUAUGAAACAAUAAUACGCAACAAUAAGAACCAAAUAGACUAAAAGUUACAUCAAGAAAAUGUAUAUAAUGUAUUCUGUUUAUAUUUUUAUACUUAUUUGUUCUGCAAUUAUUGCAAGAAUAUGUUUUAUGAGACUUUUUACAUAUAAAACAGAACAGAGAAAAGUAGCUUGCAUUAAACCUGUUAAAACAAUGAUAAUAUUAGGAUCUGGUGGACACACUGCUGAAAUGAUAAGAAUUUUUAAAUAUUUAGAUUUUAAAAAUUAUACUCCAAGAAUAUAUGUAUAUGCUGAUACAGACAUAAUGAGCAUGGAAAAAAUUAAAAGCCUAGAAAAGAAUAAUGUUGACUAUAAAGCAUAUAAAAUUCGUAGAAGUAGAGAAAUUCAUCAGUCGUAUUAUACAUCUGUUUAUACAACUAUUUAUGCAAUAUUGGAAUCAGUUCCAAUUUUAUGGAAAGAACGUCCAGAAUUAAUCCUGUGUAAUGGCCCAGGCACUUGUGUUCCUUUAUGUAUCACAGCAUUUCUGUUUAAAGUAUUUUAUAUCAUGCAAACUACUAUGAUAUUUAUUGAAAGUUUUUGUAGAGUUAAAACAUUAUCGUUAACAGGAAAAAUUUUGUAUAGUAUAGUUGAUCAUCAAAUUGUACAAUGGCCGUAUUUAUGCAAACCAGAUAAUAAUGGUAGAACAUUUUAUUUGUGAAUAAAAUCAUUUUAAUUCA